GAAAGAAAAGUUAGACCUGGAGAAGAAGCAACAGUUGGAGAAAGAACAGAGGGAGAAGGAGGACCAGGAGAAGGCUAUAAAGAAGGAGAAACAAGAUGAGGAAGAAAAGCAGAGGCAAGAAAAAGAAAAGGAAGAAGUAAGGAAAAAGAAAGAAAGGGAAGAAAAAUGGCAUUAGGAAAAAGCAGAAAAAGACAGAUUAGAACAAGAAAGAACUGAAAUGGAGAGGUUGAAGAAAGAGAAGGAGAGACAAGCCAAAAUUGAGGAGGAGAAAAAAGAAAAAGAGAGACAAGAUAAGAUUGAGAAGGAAAGAAAAGAAAAGGAAAGGCAAGAAAAAGAAGCUAAGGAGAGACAAGAGAAGGAAGAAAAGCAAGUGAAGGAAGAGACAGUGAAAGAGGAGCCAGCUGAUGAAGGGAUGAAUGUGUUGGAGGAAGCCAGAGAUGCAGCAGAAGAACCCAAGUCAGAGGUGUCAGAGGAGGGUGGGGCCAGUACAGAGACAGAGGCCAUGGAAACUGCGGAGAGCUCCCUGGACAUGGGGGAGCAGACUGGAGGCAGUCCAGAGGAGACCAUGGACACGCUAGACGAGGAGGAACAGGUACCAGCAGAGAAGAAAGUGGGUCGAAGUCGAAGAAGUCGUGGCGGGAAGGCUGCACCAAAAACAUCACCAGUCACACGGCGUAGCUCCCGCACAAAAAAGUCAUGAUACCCAGAAUAUUAAUGAUUACCACAGAACAGUGUAUAUAUACUUGGUCAUUGUUUGAUGGAACAGUGAGGUCUGAUGGUACAACUGUGGGGCUCUGUUGAUGGGACAGUGAGGUCUGAUGGUACAACUGUGGGGCUCUGUUGAUGGGACAGAAG